AUGCGCCCGCAGAUAGCCCCCACAGCACUCUUUUCACGAAGCCACAGGAGCGAUGGGAGUGAAAUGCAGCAGGCGCAGAUGAGCUUGCCAGCGCCACCACAAGCGGUAACUUGCUGUUUCUUGGGAGAUUCCCAUGCCGGACGAGAAGAGGAACUACAGCCUCGGCAUCGGCCGUUAAGGGUGAUGGAUCCAACCACAACAGAACCAUCUUUGCCAUUUUCAGCAGGUGCAUCCUUUGCGGCUUUACGUUCUAUUGCGGCAUACUUGACGCCAGACGCGCCGCUGGCACUUGUCGCCUGCAGUCCAUAUGCCAGACUAGCCCUGGAGGUGCGGGAGAAGGGCUACGUGCUGCCGGGCAAUCUCCGUUUUGAGCGACGACCGGGCCCAGCUGCUGCUAAGGAUUCCGGGCAGCCGUCAUGCAGUGAAACCAACGCCCAAAGGAAAAGCAUUCACACUGGCAGAACCUCCAGCAGUGAUAGUGGAGGUAGCAUUGUCGGAGGAAAUUUGGUUUCAGACAUGAGCGCCUAUUUUUCACCGCCGCAGGAGCUUCUUCAGUUCUUGACAUCACACAAAACAUCUCCCUCUCGAGCGGCGUGCGGAGGAGCAGCUGCGCUGCGGCCACGACCACCGGCAGCAGCAGCAGCAGCAGCAGCACAAGAAGAAGAAGGAGCGGCGGCAAGCGUUGUGGUCAUGGAGCAGACAACUACACACGCUUCGGAUAAAAUAACUGCAGCAGCAGCAGCACCAACAGAAACAUCCACCUCCGAGGCGUUGCAGUACGCCCUUUGGUGGGUGCGGCGUUCUCCGCUUCCAGUGUCAAUGAGCCUGCACAGUUUUGACGCGGAUGAGGUGAGGUUGCUGACGGCGCAGCUACAGAGUCCGACACGCAGGAUUGUGCUACGCGAGCUUUUUCUGCAUGGCCAGCAAGUCUCCGACGUCACACCGUUUUUGCCACACUGCACAGAUGUGAGGGCACUGGUGCUACGCAACACGCACUUGACGAGCGAAAAAUUAGGUCUGCUUCCCCAAAAAUGCCGCCAUGUUGAAAGACUUUCGCUCUGCAUGAGUUCCUCGGUGUCCUGCACGCGGUUCCUGCGGCACCGAUCGCUUUGCGCGCUUCGUGAUUUGGAUCUUUCAUACACUCAGGUGACAGAAGAGGGCAUGUAUCGUGACGUCUCGAAGUUAAAUAAAUUAUCACGCCUGUCUCUCGAAGGGUGCCGGAAAAUUGAAAGUCUCCAGUGGCUUAGGGCCCUCAACCAACUACGGGUACUGGAUUUGGGCUACAGCAGCGUCACAGACGAUAGUCUGACGGCGCUGCGUUUCUGUCCAGAGCUUGCGAAGCUCGAUCUGCAGUGGUGUGGUCGUAUUACCAGCCUAAAGUGCCUCGUUGGCGCACUCUGCGAUAGUCUGCGCGAGCUCAAUCUCACUGAGACUUCCGUGACUGAUGAGGGUCUUGUGCCUCUCAAAUACUUUGCUGCGCUGGAAUGGAUUUCGUUGGAGGGCUGUGGUGCAGUCUCUGAUGUUAAUGUGCUUUGCAAUCUCACACGGUUGCGGGAGGUGGAUGUGGGGCGCACGCGUGUCACAAACAGAGGUGUGGUGUCACUUUCCCAGUGUCAGGCACUGCGUGUCAUGCGCAUGCGGCAGUGCUAUCGGCUGACGGAUGCCAGUUUUCUGGGGGCUUUGCAGCAGCUCGAGGAGGUGGACCUGUCGGAUUGCCCCGUCACAAAUGAAGGCAUUGCGGAACUUUUUGGGGCGCGUUCUUUGCGGAAGCUGCGGCUGCAAUCGUGCCACGCCGUAAGCGAUGUGAACUUCCUUGGCGGACUGGAGCACCUCAUGCUGCUGGACCUGCACCACACAACCGUUGAUGAGGAGGGAUCUGUCGGCCUUGCACAAUGCCCGCAGCUCAUGACACUCAUUAUGCACUCUGUUCUUGUGCACUCACUGCAACAGUGGAAUACUGCGUUGUUUUUGCCGAGACUCAAGCGGCUUGACCUUAGCACCACCAAGGUGACGUCAGAUGCCCUUUCGUUUGUGAGGAUGUGCCCGAUCCUGGAAACAUUGUCUCUUCGCGGGUGCAAGAACAUCACGCACCUGGACUUCCUCAUCCUUCAACCAUCCUCUGGAGCCGGUGUGUGCGCGAUUGUUCCUCGCGACGCUGAACCACAUGAUACAGUCGGUGAUACUAUCGCUGGAAAAGAGAAGAAUCCGGAUGACGGCCCUUCUCCCAUCGAGACUAUGACGAUAAACGACGGCGUCAUAAAAUCAACGGCAGCGGCAGCAGUGGUGGACCGACACCGACUGCGAGAGCUCACACUUAGCGACACGGGUGUGACAGACGACGGUCUGCGAGCGCUUCAGUAUUGUCCGGGUCUAGAACGUCUUCGGCUCGCACAUUGCAAGAAUGUCACCGACGUUGCCGUCUUGCGUUGGCUGUCGCAGCUGAAGGAGUUGGAUUUAAGUGCGACAGGCGUGACAGGCAGUGGACUGGCAAAGUUGUCUCCAAGCGGUAACCUCCCAGAGCGCUGCAUGGCGGAGCGGGAGUGGGAAGAGGAGGGAGGCGUUGCUGGCGACAAGAUGACCGGCGUGCGGUGCAUGCCUACUGGAUGUGUCGCUCUUGAGAAACUAUGGCUUCAGUCGUGUCCUCAUUUGGAGAACAUACGACUGUUAUGCGGAUUCCCGCAGCUGAAGGAACUGUUUCUUAUCGACACACCACUGCGACAACGAGGACUCGACAUGUCGCUGCUAUACCACCGCAAUCCGAAUUUAAAACAAAUACACCAUAGCAAUAUCACCAUAUUUGUCUGA